UGAGCGGCUAGCUAUGUAACAGUGGCGACGAAGUCGGUUUUCGCUACCCACGGUACCUGACGGACUACGAGUCCUGGCGUCAGACGAACGAGGAACGACCACGAUGGCCUCCCUGCAGUUGCCGGAUUACGACGAAACGAAAGAUAAGUGGAAGCCUUACCUCGUCAGAGCAGAAGCGUAUUUCGAGGCGAACAGUGUAACGGACCCGGCUAAGAAGCGAGCACUACUAGUUUCGGCGUUGUCUAGCAGGACGGUCGAGGUGCUAGCCGGCAGAGUAGCCCCGCGUGCACCAAAUGAACUGACAUACAAGGAAGUCGUUCAGAGCUUGAAUGAGUAUUAUGACCCUAAGAAGCACGAGAUAACGGAAAGCUACAAGUUCUUCAAUCGCUCACAACUUCCAGGCGAAAGCGUUAGCGCAUUUCUCGUUGCUAUUCGCCGAAUAGCAGACAACUGCAAUUUCGGCACGUCUCUUGACCGCAUGCUUCGGGAUCGCAUUGUCUGCGGCGUACGCUCCGUGGCACUGAGGAAACAGAUGUUGGCAAAAAAGGAUUUAACGCUAGAAGAAGCCGAAGCAUUGGCACUGUCUGUCGAAGCAGCUGAAAAUGGUGCCGAAAGCAUGACCUCAGAAGCUACGCCCUUGCUUAAGCUACGCGCGUCCGACGUCAACACUGUUAAAACAUCUCCGACUCGGCACGCGGCACAGCAUUAUGUGCCGCACAACCGCCAGUAA